CAUUAGUCCUGAAACAUGUGAACGGAAGCCAGUCAUUGUACUUGUAGCAAGAGUCCACAACCCCCCGCGCGGCGUGGAUCUACCAGCCCAGGUGUGGACUCUUGUCUUGGCCUCUAGUCUUGCUUGCAGCGCGCGUGUAGUCCUUUCAUGAUGAAACUUGACCUGCACUGCAGUACUGCAGUGCAGGUCAAGUUUCGCAUCAGUCCUGAACGAGAGCCAGUCCUUGUACUUGUAGUUGUAGUCCUUUCAAGUUUCAUGAUGAAAUUUGGAGUGCAAAGGCCUUUGCUGGAAGAGAAAUGAAUGUCGAAGAUGUCUCUGUGGAAUUGGCUCACAACUUCCUCGGGAAAUCGGCCCAAGCCUGCUCCGAAGACACCGUUACUGCCGGAAUCAACGGACGAUGUUGAAUGCUCUGCGACCGCCCAAAUCGAUGCGGUGGUGAUUGAAAAUGCUGAUAGCAAGCCAAUCGGUAAACGUCGCGGCUCUUACUUCGACUACGAUGAUGAACUUCGGACGAAGAUCUCAAAGCAUGCCUGUCUCCAUGGGCAGCGCAGUGCUAGUCGCUAUUUCUCGAAAGAAUUGGGACGAACUGUGGCACCGAGUACUGUAGCGUCGAUCACGAAAAAGUACAAGCAACACCUUGUGUCCGCUCCAAGUGGUGAGAACUUUACAAAGAGCGAUCGCGGAAGACCACUGAUGCUCCCAAACCAGGCCGACUCAAGAGUGCAAUCAUAUGUCCGGGCCAUUCGCAAGACAGGUGGUGUGGUGAACACGUCCAUUGUGCUGGCCACUGCAAUUGGUGUGGCGCAACAAACGGCGCCGCAAGUGCUGGAAAGCAACGGUGGCUGGCUUGGAUUCUCGAGCAGAGCUUGGGGCAAGUCGCUACUCAAGCGCAUGAACUUCACCAAGCGGAAGGGAACCAAAUCAGCUCUGAAAGUUCCGGACAAUAUUGGAGAACUCCGUGAUCGCUUCACUGGCAUGAUCCAGAACACCAUGGAGCAACACAACAUCCCUCCAGAAUUGGUCGUCAACUUUGACGAAACAGCAAUUGCUAUCGUUCCAGCUUCAUCCUGGUCCAUGGCUUCGUGUGGUUCGAAGCAAGUUCCCCUGACAGGUCUUGAUGACAAGAGACAAAUUACAGCUGUCCUUGGUUGCUCCAUGGCCGGAGAGUUUCUUCCAGCUCAGCUGUUGUAUGAAGGCUCAACCAAUCGCUGCCACCCCAGUGUCAAAUCUCCGGAUGGAUACGACAUCUGGCACUCACCAAACCACUGGUGCAACGAGUCAAUGAUGCUUCGCUACGUUGAAAAAGUGCUGGUGCCGUUUUUCAACAAACAGAGAACCAAGCUACAGCUGGAUGCAGCAACUCCCGGCCUCGUCAUUAUGGACGUAUUCCGUGCCCAUCGCACUCCUGCCGUCAUGGAUAUCCUCGACACCAACAACUGCAAGUGUGUAUUUGUACCUGCGAAUUGCACGUCUGAAAUGCAGGUGAUUGAUCUUGUGGUGAACAAGAUUGUCAAGGAUGCUAUGAAGAACAAGUUCAUCGAGUGGUACUCCCGGCAAGUUGUGGAUGAUAUCAAUGACACAGAAGAUAGAACUGGUGAAACAUGUGAGGUCGUCAGCAAAUUCAAGCCAGACCUGAAACUUUCCACAUUGAAACCCCUGCACGCAGAGUGGCUGAUUGAUGUGCUUGUGAGUGUGUCUGCAAAGCAUGACGUGUUCCUGAAGGGAUGGGAGAUGGCCAUGCGCAAGCACCAGCCAUCAGCAGCCAGCACCCAACCUGGAGGAAAUGAAGUCAAUGCAUGCCAGCCUGUUGAAGCUACUGACCACGAGGCUGAUCCCAUUGCCCAGGAAGAUGAGUCUUGCAGCCAGAUUCAGGACGAGGGCCGUAUCACCAUCAACAAAGCAUCAUCAUAUCUUGCUACGGAGCUACUACCACCAUCUCCUCCACCAUCACCAAUGACAGACGACACAGGUGGUGCUGCAAGCAAAUCUGCCUCCAAGCUACCUAUUCCUACUGAGAGUUUCAAGCACGCCAUCUGGCAAGUGACCAAGGUCCAUGAGUGGUACCUACCCCUUCCGCUGUCACAGUCAACACUCUAGGGCAGAACAUCGAGCCUGGCUUGUACCAUCAUCUCUGCAGAGAUUGCACGUGCUGUACUCCAGGAUCCGUCUUUAGUCCCAACGUCCGCAGAUUCACCGCCUUCCUCAGCUGUUGAGCCUUUCCUGGCAGCAAUUCGGUCUGGCAACCAACGGUAUGAUGCUGGGAACUGCGUCGGGCUUCUCGGCAUUGACACACUGCUUGAAUUGUUUCCGGAUCUCGGUCUUGCUCUGUCACCGAAGCGUGAUUUCGGCUUCUUCAAUCGGCAGCAUGUCGAGCGAAAUCUACCCAAAAUCAUUGAAUUCAUGAUGCUUUCCAAGUCUGCUUCUUUUGCUGCGUUGUUCAUUCAAACUCCCUAUACUGUUGCUAUUUGCUUUGUCUACGGCAGACUAGUGAUUUUCGACAGCCACAGGCAUGGCAAGAAUGGUGCACUCAUUGCUAUUGCUGGCAACCACUUGUCCCCGGGCCUUGCUGCCGUUUACAUAGGCAGCUACAUUGAACGCAUUUUUAGCCUCCGAAGUCGAGUCGCCGGCUGUCAGCUUAGCUUCAUUGAACUUGCCUGAAUUUCCAGCGUGGAAUACCUUGAACAAUCUGUUGAUUUCUCUUCAGAUGCGCAUUCAGUACAUGAUACAAUAUUAUAACGUAUAUCACACAUCUUUCAACCUUGUACAUAGUACCAGUAUCACACAGAAUAGUAUGAGCCAUGCGCUGGGUCUUCAAGUAGCAUUUUGAUAUACAUCAUGUAUAGUGUAUAUAUUUUCACAUAAACAAAUUUUAGUACGGAAUUAAUUUUAGUACAAAAGAGGCCGUGUACGAAAUCGUACGAAAAUAAAUU